AGUGUUAAAAGACUAGCGCAACAUUAUGUUAUCAUUGUGCGGAAAAAUUUUACACUCUGGGAUUUAGUAUAUAAAGGUGUGUGCAUGAGAAAGCUUUACAAAUUCAAAUGGCAUAUCAGAGGCUGAAUUCGCCUGAGUGGCUGACAGAGAAUUAUGUACAGGAGGCGUUACGUGUUCACCACAAGGAUCCCAGUCUUCACCUAUACUCCAUACACGCCCAACCGGCUAUGGGGAAGGGUGAGAAUUUUGGUGGAGUUUUGACUCGCGUCAUAGCAAAAUAUCAACUUAGCAGAAGCCAACAGCGACUCGAGAAGAGUUUAAUUGUGAAGACUUCUUACGAAAGCGAUCCUAUUGCAAGCGCUAUCAUGGCUCCUUAUGAUAUAUUCAAUCGUGAAAUGUCCAUUUAUGAGGAAGUGCUGCCUAAGUUAACUGCGCUGCUUCGCGAGAUCGAUGAUUCUGAUGAGUUGUUUUCUACAGCCAUCCAUGUAGAUCACAAACGCCAAUUGCUGAUUUUCGAGGAUCUCAAGGAGAAGGGCUUUAUCAUGGCGAAUCGCUUGCAAGGCCUAGAUAUGACACAUACAAAACUAAUAUUGCAGAAGUUGGCUAAAUUGCAUGCCACAUCGGCGGUGCUUAAUGAGCGUGAGAAUGGUUACUUGGAAAAAUACGAUCGCGGCUUCUUUAAUCGCUACACCGAUAAUUAUAGUACCUAUUUUGUUGGAUCCCUGUUGUUAUGUGCUGAGUUUAUAUUGAAAAAUAUGCCCGACCUUGCGUUCUAUGGGGAUAAACUAAAAAGACUGGCACCGCAUUACAUGGAAAUCGGAAAACGUUGCUUCACACCCACACCGGGGCAGGUAAAUGUGUUGGCCCAUGGCGAUGUCUGGAUCAACAAUGUUAUGUUCAAAUACGACCCGAAGACAGGUGAACCAGUAGAUGUGCGCAUCAUCGACUUUCAGUACUCAUUUUGGGGCUCGCCAGCACUAGAUCUGCACCAUCUCUUCAACACCUCGCUGCAAGAGCCAUUGCGCCUUCACAAACAGGAUAUACUAUUUCAGUAUUACCAUGGUAUUUUCAGCGAUGUGCUGAGAAGACUGAGCUAUAGUUCACUCCCAGUACCUUCGUUAAAUCAUUUCCGUCAACAAGUUGAACAGAAACGUUUUUUCGCUUUUCAUUCGGCGUGUGUCAUACAACCGGUGAUGAUAAAUGAAGACACAGCUGAUGCAGAUUUUAAUUCUUUGGUAGGCGAGGAUGAGCGUGCAAUUAAAUUCAAAUACAACUUGUACCGCAACAAGAAGGUUCAGAGAAACCUUUCCAACUUACUACCAGUAUUCCAUAGACGAGGACUUUUGGAAGUGAAUCAGACAGACUAACAAUUUCAACAUAGUACCUUAAAUAUAACUGAUAAUACCAAAAACGAAUCAUUACAAUAUAUUUACUACAGCUCUUACGGAGAAAAUCUGUUUUUUUUUUUUUUAACUUAAGUAACCGAAGUCUUUCCACUUAGAAAAUAUUAACACAUUUAGUGUACUUGCAGCCGAUUCGAAUAAAAUACUUAUUAGGAAAAAAAGUUGUAAUUCAGCAGAUCGCACCAAAUGUUUUACUCAACAGCUGCAAAUGGAAUGACAUGGGAGCAUUUACCCGACUUGUAAAACAGAUUUAAACAGUAAUAAUUUCAUUUAAUAUUUGUGAAAUGUGUUUGUAGCCAAAUGUUUAUUUCUCAAGGAAAUAAUGUGAUCUGUAGCAAAAUUAUAAAUUGAUUUAAGUAACGAUGUUUUUGGAACACCACCUACAAGGGUGGUCCUUAAGUACAUAGUCUACAAAUUAUUUGAUUAUUU